AUGGCUACCCUUGAGCCAACAAACGAAACCCCUAGCAAUGGUGUUGUCGCCAAUGGCCCGGCGACAGCCCCUGGAACGCCCCUUGCCAAGGACCAGGUCGAGUAUACACGGAUGCUCGAGAAGCGACUGAGCGAGUUGGAAAAUCGCCUACUUCACCUAGAACUGCAAAACAAGGAGCUUGUCAGCAAGCGUGUCGUGAAUGGGGACAACGUCGAGAGUGAGAUCGACAACACGGCAAAGAGCCCGUCAGACGACGAUGCAGGGCCUGAACCGGCCCAGCUCCCUAUCGUACGGGAGAUCCGUAAACUAAACUGGAUUAAUUUUGCAAACCGUUUCCCGGACCAGAGAGAUUCGGCGCUGAUUGAACUUCUCAUGGGCCCGCCGUCGCUGGAAGAAGAGUACAAGAAGGACGACGUCUUUUGCGAAAAGCUGCGCCUGGUCGGUGCCGAAGAGGCACAGCAGCUGAUGCAGACUACACGAGAGCGUAACGUUAUCCGACCUGGCGCCUGCAUUCAGUCGGUCCGCAUCACCUCGAUUCCCCUUUCCCGAGAGCUGCUCGAGAUUUUUGAUGCGGAUGAGAAUACCUCUUCGAACCCACUGGUCUUCAGCCGGCCAUUUGUGCCGUUGAUUCACUACUUCGAUGAGUUCAAGAAGAAGCUGAUCGAGUUGAAAUCCGAGUUUGGCUUGACUGAGGAAGAGCUGGAGGAUGAGUCGGGUAUGCCGCCAGCUGGUGAAGAACCGCUGCCAAUCACUGUCAUGACUUUCUCUGAGAAAACGAGGGCCGACAACAUCUGUCUGCUUAAGGAUUUCCGCUAUUUGAUCCAGUUCCUAGAGCAGGAGAUACUUCCACUUGCAGACAUGUUUGACGCCCCGGGCAGACACAAGAAAGUUUGUUUCGUUGACCUGUGGCAUCUGUUUAGGGUUGGCGAGUACAUCUACAACACCGACGCAACGGCGUCUUUUCAGACCAACCCCAUGUCGGUUGUCACUGCUGACGGGGACCAGAAGCUAUGGAAACUGUUUUGGAAACGGGCGUUCGACGAUAAGUUCGAGCUCAAGUGCUACCGCAUCGACCAUAACGGAGAGGCCUACGUGUGCAUCCCAACCACGUUUACCAUUGAAUACUUCAAGGGAGAGAAGGAUAUUGCCGAUCUCGCUGUCUACCCUCUUCGCUUCGCGGAGAAAAAGGAAGAGCUUAUUCGAGAAUGCCAGGAGACAGGUCAGAAGUGCAAAGAGUGUCUGGACGGACAAUUCCUUCUACACACUGGAUGGGCCCUGACGCCCGACUCUCAAAGCUCCCUACAGUACAUAGCCAGCGAUGUGAUCAUCGACGCGGGUGAGGCGAUGAAGCUCCAUUUGAACUGGAAGUUCAAUUCGAGGUACCCAAGUACAGACACCGGAGACAGAGGCUACGCGGACUCCUCGCAUGUAAUGUUCUACUGGCGAAUCAAGGACCAAAAGGCUGUCUCGUCGAAUACGUACAACUCGUACUGGAUCGACGACUGGGUCGGCCGCAAGGAGAAGAUUGAUUACUGCGAAAAGGACUCAUUUCUUUCAUACGGCAUGAAGGGCAAGGAGAAGGAAUACAAGUUAAGGGACGAAGACACUGUGCUUUUGCCACGCCGCCUAUUUGCCUAUGUCCUCCAGGAGCGGCGUUUCGUCGCGGUCGAUAUUCGAAACCUCUCGCGGGUCAAGAAGUCCGCAGGUGGGAGCUUCGAGAACCUGGUAAUCGAUCCGGACCAUAUGAGUCUGCUGCAGUCCCUGGUGCACUCGCACUUUACGCGCAAGAAGAUCCAGGACUCUGGAUUCUACAGUGUCAAUCAGGACAUUGUGCAUAACAAGGGGCGCGGUCUUGUUAUUUUGCUCCACGGCGUUCCAGGAGUUGGCAAGACCUCAACAGCAGAGACCAUUGCCCACGAGUGGAGCAAGCCCUUGCUUCCUAUCACGUACGGUGACCUAGGCCUAUCACCUGCCAACGUUGAGGGCAAGCUCAAGGACGUCUUCCGCCUCGCUCAGCUCUGGGGCUGUAUCCUGUUGCUGGACGAGGCCGACGUCUUUCUUUCGGAGAGGAAGCCUACCGAUUUAGAGAGGAAUGCCCUCGUCUCCGUCUUCCUCCGGGUGCUGGAGUACUACACCGGAAUUCUUUUCCUCACUACCAACCGCGUGGGCAACAUCGACGAGGCCUUCAGGUCCAGAAUCCACAUCAGUCUACACUACCCCAACCUGGGCAAGAGAGAGACGAAGCGGAUCUGGAAGCUGAACCUCGACCGCCUGAAGACCAUCGAGGACGAACGGGCCACCGCAACCAACCAGGCGCCGCUGACGAUCGAUGUAGACGGCAUAAGUAAGUUCGCGGUACAGCACUACAACGAAAGCCAACAGGGUAAAGGAAGAUGGAACGGACGGCAGAUCAGAAACGCCUUCCUGAUUGCCUCUGCCCUCGCGCGGUACGAAAAGGAAAACCCAGACUCCAAGUCCCAGCCCUUGAUCAACCUCUCGCGCUAUGACAUCUGCGCCAGGCACUUCAAGACCGUUGCCGACGCGGGCUCGGGCUUCGACAAGUAUCUCUACGAGACCAAACGCAAGACGCCCGGCGAGGUUGCCUUCGUGCAGGGGUACCGCAAUGACUCGGUCAACCACAAGUUCUCGCAGAUGCCCAACAUUCACUACCCUCCAGCUCCAGGCCAAAUGGGCGGCCACCCCAAUAACCAGGGCUUCUUCCCCAGCACGCCCAGUCCAAUCCCCCAGGGCCAGGGCCAUUACGAGGGCCUCCAGAUUCACAAUGCCGGGGCACGCCAGUCCCAGACACAGUUUGCCCAGUAUGGGUAUUCACCGGACGGCUCCCGUGGCCAGCCAUAUCAGCAUGGGCACGAUCUGAAUCCCGUCGCUUCUCCGCAGAUGGGAAUGGCCCCGGGAGGAUACGGGCAGGGCUUGAGUAUGGGCAUGGGGAUGGGGUUGAACUCCGGCUUUAACCUCCAGCAGCCGCCGGUUACCCCGAGUAAGCAGCCGGUCCAGGGGUCACCAGGUGGUCUCCAACAUCAGGACGGGUAUUCCGGUCCCACGCGGCCUGGCGAUGAUGAUACCGAUUCUGACUAG